GCUGUGGCAACACAGUCUUCACCAGUGAACUGAUACUGAUCCGAUUCCGUGUCGUUAAAAAACGGAUUUUUUGAGGGCCGUAGAACGGAUUGGUUUCCGUUCUCUAACGCUAGAGUCGCAUGAAGGCAAUAACGUUAUGCCUACCCUCUAGCGCCUCUAGCUGAUUCAUAAUCGGAUUCGUUUCAGUUAACCGAUUUUUGACAAAGCAGCGCGUUGUUCAAAUCAGUGAGCGGACCCGUUUCCGUUCACAGAUCCGUUUCAGUUUAUUAUCAACUUGUUUUUAUAAUAAGAAGCCGAAACCUUUCCAUUAUUUGAACGGAUUCGUUUCCGUUUCCAUAGCACGUUUUUAGUAAACAAACUGUUUGCUUAUUAGAAUAUUAACCGAUUUUAAUUGUGUUAUUGAAAAACAAAACAAGAAAAUGUCGUCGAACAAGAAAAGUGAUCUAUUGAAGGAUUUAAAAAAGAAUUAUAUAUUCAAAAGCAAAGAGAUUUCAAGAGGGAAAUAAGAAAAAACCAAAAGGAAAGAAAAAGUUUUCCCAAAGUUAAACGACAACUUAGUUCAUCAAUUCCCCCAGAUCUCAACAGAAAUGAAUCAGCCAAAAGAAAAAGAAUGAAAAGAACCUCUAAAGACUGUUCCACUGAAAACGAAAAUUCCCUGACAAUUGAUAGAGAAGAUAUUGAAGCAGCCAACAACUUAGAUUCAUCUAUUCCGAGUCAGCUAGAACAAUAUCUGAAUCAAAUUCAAAGUGACUUCAAUAUUGAUGCUGACGGGAGUGUACCUCUAGGAGAAGAAGUGAAGAAACAUGAGAGACGUAUGGGCCAAAUUGCUGUUGAUUGGGAUGUGCACUGGGAUGAAGUUGUCAAUGGCCUUAUUGCAAGCUACGCAACUAUUCCAUCACUGUGCUGGAUUUGUAAAAAGUCCCUUGCAGCUUGUUACACUCGCUGUCUCUGUUGUGUCAAGACAUAUUGUCAAGACUGCGACUUCCAAUUCCAUUCAUGGAAUGUGUUCCACAGAAGACAAUUAUUGUUUCAAGAUUCCAAAGUGAUUAAACUAAAGCCUAACGAGUUUUGGGAUUCAACUUUAGCUGAGAUAGUUACAAAAGAGGUUGCAGUUCCGUGCUUCGUUCCUCUGCAAUGCCAAUCUUGUCUAAGCAUAAACUCGUUGACAAUUGAACCAUUGAAGAGUAAAUUCAUGAUAGUUGUCACACUUCUAGGUAAUCAAAUUUUUAAAACUAAAACUGGCUCUUUGGAACGGAGCCUUCACUCUUCAAGAUAUACAUUCACGGGAGCUUCAACUGUAACUCCGAUUGUGAUACUGACCGUGACUCAGACCGUGAUUGUGAUCAAGACUCCGACAGUGAAUCUCAUCAAGACUUCAACAGUGACUCUCACCAAGACUCCGACUCAGAUUCUGAUCGUGAUGUCUCUGAACCUGACCCCAUCACUGUAUUGACUCUGUAGACGUUUUCAUGUGUUUGUGAUGUGGGACUAUAUCAUUAAUAAACUUUUGUCCGGUAACCAG